AUGUCGGCAGAAGCACCACCACCGCCAGAGGACAACAAUGGACCAGCGCCUUUCAAGAUGUCAUUCGGCGGCGGCGCCAUCAAGGGCAAAGGAAAAGGAAUCGCUCGUCCUGCAGCUCCUCUUGUCCGACCGACUGGUGCAUUCGGUGCUGCGUCGACUGAGGCUCCUACUGAGGGGCAUGUUGAUGAACUUAUUAGAGGAGUUGAAGGAAACAAGAUAGAGAGUGUUGCGCCACAGGUGGAGGCAAAGGCAUUGGUGAUCCCCAAGGAAGAGAACUCAAACUGGAGACAGGAGGCGUUGGCGAAAAGGAAACGGGCGUACCUCCCCGAGGGUAGUAGUGCGACUCAGGCGCAUGUUGUAACUGUAGAGACGGAAGAGCCGGAGGAGACGAAGAUUGGGUUGCAGAUUCGGAAACGCGUCAAGGUAGAGGCGAAUACUACGGAUCAGAGGUCUUCGGCUAUGGAUAUCGAUGUUACAGAAACGACUACUGUGGUGAGAGAGGAGGUUAUUGAGGACGUGAAGGAGGAGACGCUUGAGGAAAUGGCUGCCAGGAAAGUUCUUGAAGCUGUAACGGGCGUAUCAGGGGAGGGAUCAAGACGACUCGUUCUCCUCGGGGAGGACAAUGUCCACCAGGAUGAAGUUGAAUCUUUCCAAAAGAAUCUGGAGCAACUUCCUGACGAGGCCUCGCUUGAGGAUUAUGAAAAGGUUCCUGUUGAAGAGUUUGGCGCGGCACUUCUGCGUGGCAUGGGGUGGAAGGGUGACGACAACGGAUCUGACGCUAUCGAGUACAAUCGCCGUCCAGCGUUGUUGGGAUUGGGUGCGAAGCCAAGAGAGCCGGAGCCAAGCAAGAAAAAGUAUAUUAAGCCAGGAGAGUCUCGUAUGCCACAGAGCAUUCCAGUUCCUUCAAGGAGUUCUACCGCCAGACCAAGCGGCCCGCCGAGUCAGCGUGACACCAGAGACACCAGAGACAGCAGGGACAGAGACAGCCGGGACUCGAGAGACUUUAGGGAUACAAAGGACAGAGAUGAAAGGGAGAGUCGCAGCAGGAAGGAUGACCGUGAUGACCAAGGCAGGGGAGACCGAGGUGGUCGUGAUAGUCGCGACAGCCGCGAUGACCGGGACAAGCGAGGUGGAAGCAGUAGGGACUACCGUGACAGAGAACGCGAUCGCGAUCGGGAAACCAGAGAUACCAAGGAUAGCCGAGACUCACGGAGGGAUGACCGUACUAGAGAUCGUGACAGGGACUACCGGAGGGAUGACAGGAAGGAUGACAGGAGAGAUGACCGUGAUAGAAGCGGCCGGGAUGACCGUGGUGGUGAGCGCCGGCGCGAUCGGUCUCGAGACCGCGAAAGGGAUAAGUCUCGCCGUUAA